UCCUGCUCUGCGUACAUCCCGGAAGUCGUUUCCGCCGCCGCGCGCAUCACCCUCGGCCCGGAAAUAAAAGGGAGGCGGGCCGGGCUCCUGCACUUGUUCCGCCAUGAGGCUGCUGCUGCUCGGAGUGUGGCUGACGGCGGCGCUGGCGCUGGGGGAGGCGCACUCGCCGCUCCGCAGGGACCGCCGGCAAACCCCCGGAAGACCUGGAGGACCACCUAGGAGAGGGCCUCCUGGAGGAGGACCUGGAGGACCACCUGGAGGACCACCUGGAGGACCACCUGGAGGACCACCUGGAGGACCACCUGGAGGACCAGGAGACCGACCUGGAGGAAGACCUGGAGGCCGACCUGGAGGAAGACCAGGAGGCCGACCUGAAGGAGGACCUGGAGGAGGACAAGGAGGUGGGAGCAGCGUGACAGGACCCAGCUCCUCCGAGGAGCUGAUCAGCAUGGCCCUGGCGCAGGCGGAGGCGGGCGAGUGCAAGAGCCCGGGAUACACCUGCUCCGACGAAGAGUGUGGGGCGGGGCUGGAGUCCGUGUUCAGGGAGGAGGUGGUCGGGGAACACAGGGUCAUCAUUACCAAUGGCAUCCCCAGCCACGACUACAGCACGGGCGCCCAGAGACCGAACCCCAACGAAGUGUGCCGCCACCCGUCCUACCUGAAGAUCCCCCUCAACCCUACCUUGGGCUCCUUCACUCCUAGCGGGAUGGGGCCCGUGGGAAUCGCUCUCUCGGGAGGAUUCUUCUACAACCACCUGUCCACGCCCCGCGGGGAUGUGGCGGCGGUGGCGGAGGCGGAGUCCUUCGACAGCUGCAGCGGCCACGCGGACCCGCAGUGUCGCUACCACUACCAUAAGGUGCCCAACUGCCUCGACCCGGACAGGUCGUGUGAGCUCGUCGGCUACAUGAUGGACGGUUUCCCUGUCUAUUCCUACUGCAUCAUCGAUGGCGUCCAACUCAGUAGCUGUUACAAACAAGUGUCCGGUGACGGGUCGAUGCAGGAACAUUUCGAAUACCAACCCGACGCGAACUGCCAGUUAGACGAAGCCAACGGAUACCAGUUCGAAGACGAGCGUGGCUACGGCUACGUCUUCUCCGAGAACUACCCGUUCGUCAUGCGCGGGUUCAUGGGUUCGGACAUCGCCGAUAUCUGCGAAGUUUAUUAAUAUAACCAUUGAUUACUGAAUUACGGCAGUCAAUCAGGACAGUUUGCCGAAGAUGGUUAGGGCCUGGAUGUCUAAAAAAAUGACUGGCGACCAUUUUUGUUAGCUUGAACGAUGUUGAGACAUAUAAUAAAGGCUGGUGCGGUGAAGGUUCAUUCAACUCAA